CCCCUCCACACCUCCCCUCUAUUCUCGCAGCUCCCUCCCUCCCGCGUCGUUUUUUUCUUUCGCGCAGCAGAGGUGUCGACGAGAAGAAGCUUAAAAAAAUGGAUUUUUCUGGCUUUGAGAAUGAGAAUAUCAUUGAUACUACGGUGGAUGAUUUUUGGGCUGAAUUGGCUGAAACAACCGGUGGUUCUCGAGGUGAAGGAGAUAUUCCGGCGGCGGCAGAAGUUGAGCGAGAACCGGCGGCGGCAGAAGUUGAGCGAGAACCAGCGGCGGCCGCGGCUGACCUUGACGGAGAACCGGAGGCGACGGCUGACCUUGACGGAGAACCGGCCAUGGACGACGUCCCUGAGCAUGGUUGAGUUUUGACCGAUAAGCCCUUUUUCGGGCUCCGCGCCCAUGCACAUUGAGAAAGUAAGUCUACCCAGGAGGGAAUGUAUUAUUGAUGCCGACAUAAAGACAUAAAGUGUGAUCAGCUAAGCAACCAUGGUUGUCACGGCGUCGUCCAGGUGAUGGGGACUGCUCGCCAGGUAAGCUCGCCUCGCCGGAAGAUGACCAGUCGCGUUUGGCGUCGCCAAGGCGUCGUCCUUGCGUGAACUUGGCGAUUUGUCGCCGCCUAUUUUAGCCAAGUCGAGAAGUCGUACGCAGGCCCAGAGUAGAUUAAGGAUUUAGCUUAAGGUUUACUUUUUGGGAAUUUUUCGCAAGCAGACCAAAAAUUGAAAAUAAUAUCAAAAUUUUCAGCUUUUGAAACUUAUUUCGAAAUUAGACUAACUAAAAGUUUCUUUCACAAAUAGACCUUUGUAAAACUCCGUAUGAAAACACCUGGAGCGAACACUAGAACGCCUUCUCGUAACAAACAGUUUUGCUCUUUGUACACACUAUUAUACACACCCAAAUACACACUAUAUAAACUCAAAAAAGUUACCCCUUCACCAAAAGAAAAAUCACCGUCUCACCAUCCGCCUCUCCUCCUCUCUUUAUUCUUCCUGCAUUAUUUCCUUUUCUCAUUCCCCUUUUCAUUUGUCCCUCCUUUCCCAAAUCCCUAAUCUGAAAUAGAUCUUGCUCGUCCUCGCUUGUCUUCAAUUUUGAGUCCAACAGGAGCGGCAUGAUUUUGGCUGGAUUCGUCCUCUUCUCCAGUCUCCCCACCACUUUGUCGCGGUCGUUUUCCGGCGACACCACCACCGUAACGCACCGCCUCCACACCUCCCCAUCCCUAUACCCAAGUACCCAGUCAAUUGGUAAAGGAUUUGAGAGUUGAAUUAGAGACCACCCAGUAAAGGAUAGUUGAAUUCUUCAGGCUUUUCAAAAAAAGUUGAAUUCUUCAAGCCUAAACCAGGUUAUUUGGAUAUAAAAAAUUGCACGACCAAAUUGUUCAGUUGCUAUAAGUAAUGCUUUUUAGUGUACCAACUUUUUUGUGGCUAGGGAGGGAGUCUGAUUACAGGGAUCAACGGAACAUGUACAAGGGUGAUUGGACCAAUUCAAAGAAGGGUUGAGAGGUAUUGAUGUCAUUUUUUUAGAGCAAAAAUGUUCUAACUCAGAAGAACCAAGAAGUUUGGGAAGCUUGAAUUUGGGAACCAAGAAAUUUGGGAAGAACCAAUAUAGAAGAUGGAAAUCUGGAUUGCUCUCAAGAAAUAAAAAACAAUUUGUUCCAUGCUGAAUUAGAAACAGAGAGAAACCAUGAAAA